GAUCCUGCUUUGCAGGGCUUCUGGGACAUUCUUGACUUCGCUUGGGGAGAUCCACAACAAUAUCCUGAUGUGGCCGUGAUUGACAGCGGGUCGACUGACUCUUUGGAUGCCCAUGUCGGCCGUGGGGGUGAUGGUGGGGAUGAUCCUAGCGAUGGAGCUGCACCUGCUGUGCCAGCUUCUGACCCAGCAUCUGGGGCGCCCAGCAAUGAUGUUGAGACUGUGGAGCCCGAGCCUGCCAGAGAGUAUCUCAUUCCGUUCGUUCCUGACUACAUGGUCACUGACAGCCAGCCAGUGUCUGUCAACCCAACGGACUCUGAAGCUGAGACUACACCAUUGAAGCCACCUGCGCCUUCCAAGACUGAUCCCUAUGCCUAUGAGGUUCCUGCUGCAAGCACAGGCGCCUCUGGUUCUAUGGAUGCAGCAGUCAAGGAUGCCCAGCAGCAACUCCUGCUUGCUCAGAUCCGGUUGGCCAGGUGA